GCCGCUGAGGAGAGGCUUCUCAAGAACCUGUUUGCCCGCUACAACAAGCUGUCCCGGCCUGUGGCCAACACCUCCGAUGUGGUGCUGGUCCACUUUGGCCUCUCCAUCGCCCAGCUCAUCGACGUGGAUGAGAAGAACCAGAUGAUGACGACCAACGUCUGGGUGAAACAAGAGUGGAAUGAUUAUAAACUCCGCUGGAACCCAGAGGAGUACGAGAAUGUCACCUCCAUCCGCAUCCCGUCGGAAAUCAUCUGGAGGCCUGAUAUUGUGCUUUAUAACAACGCUGAUGGUGACUUCGCGGUGACCCACCUGACCAAAGCCCACCUGUUCUACGACGGACGCAUCAAGUGGAUGCCGCCGGCCAUCUACAAGUCCUCCUGCAGCAUUGACGUCACCUUCUUCCCCUUCGACCAGCAGAACUGCAAGAUGAAGUUUGGCUCGUGGACUUACGACCGUGCCAAAAUCGACUUGAUCAGCAUAGCCAGUGAUGUGGACCAGAUGGACUACUGGGAGAGCGGCGAGUGGGUGAUCAUCAACGCCGUGGGCAAGUACAACACCAAGAAGUACGAGUGCUGCACCGAGAUCUACCCCGACAUCACCUAUUACUUCAUCAUCCGCAGGCUGCCGCUCUUCUACACCAUCAACCUGAUUAUACCAUGUCUGUUGAUCUCCUGUCUGACAGUCUUGGUCUUCUAUCUGCCCUCCCAGUGUGGCGAGAAGAUCACCCUGUGUAUCUCUGUGUUGCUGUCUCUCACAGUCUUCCUCUUGCUCAUUACCGAGAUUAUUCCGUCCACCUCGCUGGUUAUCCCGCUCAUCGGCGAGUACCUCCUCUUCACAAUGAUCUUUGUCACCCUAUCUAUCAUCAUCACCGUCUUUGUGCUCAACGUCCACCACCGCUCGCCGCGCACCCACGGCAUGCCGCACUGGGUGCGCCGGGUCUUCCUGGACCUGGUGCCUUGUGUGCUUUUCAUGAAGCGGCCACCGGCCACCGCCAAGCAGAACUGCCGGAAGCUGAUUGAGAUGAUGCACCGGACCAGCUCCUCGACAGCAGCCAGUCAGUCGCAGUCUUUCUGGGCCGGGGUGGAAACGGGGCUAGGACAGCUUGGACAGCUGGGACACACAAUGCCUGCCACCCCCUCUGACAGCUCCAACAUCCUGGCCCUUUCCCCUUCACCAUCUCCCUCUCCUACCCAGGGCCUGCCCUUGGAGAAGCACCCCAUCAAGGCCCCCCAGCUCUUCUGCCGCUCCCCCUCCAGCCAGUACUCUAUCCUCCUUGAGGAGCCUGGCAAGCUUGGGAACACCACCUCCCCUUUGUCCUGCUCAACCCACUCCUCCACUCCAAUAUCCCCGUCAAUGAGAAGGGCCAUAGAGGGUGUGCAGUACAUCGCUGACCACCUCAGGGCAGAGGACGCCGACUUCUCAGUAAAGGAGGACUGGAAGUAUGUGGCCAUGGUCAUUGACAGGAUAUUUCUGUGGAUGUUUGUACUAGUGUGUAUACUGGGAACACUGGGACUAUUCCUUCCUCCUUGGCUGGCUGGAAUGAUCUAG